GUGUUUUCAAAAGGUUGCAAUGAUCAUUUUCAAUAAUGGACAUCCGGUACUUGUUACAAAGAGCCUGAUCACAUAAUAUUUGUCUUUUAGUUACCAGAUCUUCCAGAUGUGGGAUUUUUCAGGCACAGCUGUUUUUUUUAAAGUAUAUUAGUACAAUACAGUUUAGUUAUGUUUAGCCAUUCUAGUAUUCUGUGUCAAGCCAAUAGUGUCAGUAGUUGCAGAUAGCACAACACACAAUGUCUUUAUGCCACUGUCAGUGUUAAAACGAUUUGUGGACCAUUCAUAAAUCCAUUGGACAAAACAGUGCUUUAUAUUUUGUAUAGAAUCUUUCAUAAAAUAAAUAUGAAGAGGAAAAGUGAUUAAACAAUGGAUGUGAAAAUUUUAAAACCUUUUAAAGAUGAGUUUAAAUAAGCUGACUGUUAUCAGUAAUUCAACAGUCUGAGUGAUAUAAUGCUCAGAAAAUCCUGAGGUGAAGACUAAGAAAAUGGCAAAAUUUUGAGUGGAAUUCAUUUUUCUUUGUCCUAUAAAUUAGAGGUAGUCAACAUCUGUUUCCCCAGGUUCAUUAUUUUCUCAGACAAUUAAGAAAAACAAACUAACUUAUCAAAUCCUCCAUGAAACGAUAGGUGUGGCCAGGCAGGAAAAACACAAUACACGCAGUACAUGAAGUGAGUAGAAAUAUAGAGCACUGAAAAAGAGUAAAUCAGUAAAAUGAAUCAGUGGCAGAUUACUGAGCUGUAUGUCGCGAGCUGAGACGGAGGCGUGGGCGUCAGACUGCCUCCUGCCCACUUACACUUAAAACCGUGUGCGGACGCCUCGCAAACUCUGUCGGUCAUGAUACGAGCUGUGGAUAUCGGAUCCUCAAUUUACUUUGGUUUUUCAAGGCUACACAUACAAUUAUCUCAACUGUCAACAACUGGCAAUUCACAAGAUGGCGAAAGAGAUGUCGUUUGCUGUGAUCCUGGGUUUGUGGUUAAUCUGCUGUCCUGUGAAAUGCUGGAGCAACAGCGGAUUUCAAGGCGCUGUUCCUCAUCACACUAAAGUCCCUAACCCUAAUUCCUGGGAGCAGACAGCGCAGCCUGCACAGAGCUGGCUCGCCACGGGAACGUCUGCGCAUGUCCCGGCACAGGAGGUUCUUGACUCCAGCCAGGAGGCUCUGCAUGUGACCGAGCGUCACUACCUGAAGCGGGACUGGUGCAAGACGCAGCCGUUGAAGCAGACGCUAGAGGAAGAGGGCUGCCUCAGUCGUACCAUCAUCAACAGCUUCUGUUACGGCCAGUGCAACUCCUUUUACAUUCCCCGUCACGUCUACCAAGAAGAAAGCGCCUUCCAGUCCUGCUCUUUCUGCAAACCAAAAACCUUCACCGUCGUCACUUACACGCUGAUAUGCCCGAGUCAGAUCCCGAGAAUCAGACGGAAACGUGUGCGACGCGUCAAACAGUGCCGCUGUACUUCCAUAGACUUGGAUUAGUACUGAUCUCAAAAUGUUACGUCACAAAGUCAAUUCGAUUUUGUAAGUUAAUUUCAAUGUUAUGUUUAGUUAAGCGCUGACUGGCAUGAUGAUGAUGAUGAUGACGACGAUGAUGAUGAUGAUGAUGGAAUGGUGUCAUUUCAUACAUUUAAUGUGUAUCUCUCAUAUGCGAUCAUACUACCUUUAUGGUUUAUGGUUGAUUAAGGAUUAAUAGACGUAAUGCACAUCAUUUCCCCCCCUUUCUAGGAUACCCAGUCAAGAUACACAUGAUGUAAUACCUCAGUGAAAAGAAAUGAAAAUUACAGUACCCCUUUUUAGAGUGUAGAUAAAGAACUAAUUGUGGAAAAAAGCCAAUGACUGUUCAUAACACAGGCUAUUCAUUUAACAUUAGUACAUUAAGUAAGCAGUAUUUGUGUAUUUUUACUACCAUAUUUUUUAUCGUUGGCUUGUCAUGGAGGUCCCCUAUCAGGUCUUACAGUAUUAUGAUCUGUGCAAAUUCAGCCUUAGGAAUUUUUAUUUUCCUGAAUGAAACCAUGUUGUGGGUUUUGCAAUGCAUGCUACGCUUUCUGCUGCACAAAUGUGGCUUUUAGUAACAGAUAUGUGGCCAAGUUUUGUGUACAAAGUUUAUUUUCAUCAGCUGUAAAUAUAUGGU